AUGUCUUGGGCUGGCAUGAAGAAAGCUAUGAACCGGGCGGGGACGACGCUGAUGCAGAAGACCGGGCAGAUCGAGAAGACGGUUGAUAGCGAGUUUCAGGAUGAGGAGGGACGGUACCGGCAGUUCGAGAAGGAGGUCAACCAGAUGCAAAAAGAGAGCAAGGCCUACCUUGAUGCCAUGCGCGCGAUGACUUCUACGCAAGCGCGGCUCGCUGAGACUAUGGAGAUAUUCUACAAUGCAGCUGAUCGUGGGAGCGAGAACGCUAUGGCUUGUCAUGCGUACAAGCAAGCGGUGGUGGAACUUGAUAAUGGGAUUGCGAGGGAACUGGAUCAGCCAUACCGGACGGGUAUCCUCGAGCCUGUCGGGCGGAUGGCCUCUUAUUUCCCCACGAUCAACGAGGCGAUCAGCAAGAGGAACAAGAAACUCUUGGACUACGAUGCUGCUCGCAGUAAGUUGCGCAAGCUGAUCGACAAGCCCAGCGACGAUCCCACGAAGCUGCCUCGCGCGCAAGAGGAGAACGACCAGACGAAAGAGGUGUUCGAGAUGCUCAACGAGCAGCUGAUCAGCGAAUUGCCGCAACUGCUGGAUCUUCGAGUGCCCUUCUUUGACCCCAGCUUCGAGGCGAUGAUCCGCAUGCAAUGCAAGUUCGCUGAGGAAGGAUAUGAUAAACUCGGCGGUGUGCAAAGGUAUUUCGCUGAUAGCAUUCGGGAUGAGUACGCAGCAGGUCAGCUAGACGGACAAGUAGAGGCUGUCCUACAAGAGAUGAAGGAUCUUACUAUUGUUGGGAGUGGCUGAAGUUCUAUGUGUUAGCUUUGUAUUGUAUUAGUGAAGUAAAGCAUUUCAGAUUAU